AUGUCCGACAGCGUGGGCCAACGGUCGACGACGGACGAACGAACAAUGAACAGUCUCGGUCUUUCCUUCUGUCGUCCUUUCAUCUGCUGCUACCUCACUUCGAUUGCUGCUCGUCUUCGACGUCCGCAUCUUCGUCGACAAAUCGCGGAAUCAAUCAUUCGUACAUUUUUAAUCUUCCUCAAACGGAAAGCGCACCAAACGGCGCUGACACGAUGGCCUACCGUUACCAUGGAUAUCAGUUAUCAUGUUAGCGCUUACCAGCGGAGGAGGCGGCGACCGUCGGCAUGCGCGCGGCGCAAGGAGGAGCCGGAGGCACAGAUUGAGUCAAAUCCGGAUUACCUGGCAGCACCUCCCUCGUCCGUCGCCUUCGACCUCGGUCACUCGUCGGACAGUGGUCACUGGUCACUCGGCCACCGCCAUGACUAUCCACCGACCGACCAACAGACCGACCGUCGCGGUCCGUCCGUCCGUUCGGCCAACGAUCGGCAAAAGACCUGGCGAUCGAUCGGUCGCCGUUACGACUGCCUACGCUUUGUCAUCGUCGCCACGGUGAAAAUUAUUUCCCCAUUGACCACUGGUCACUUCGAGCGCUUGCCAGUGGUCACUAGUGGUCCGUGA